AGGUCAAGGCAGUUAUUUGACGGGUUGUUGUUUUUCUCUCGCGUGCUCUUUGAAGCUUGCAGCUCGGAUCUUCGCGUGUCUGACGCAACGGGGGGCCGAGUGACGUAAUCGCAACCUGUGCCUCGGGCGAGGGGGCGGGGCCGCCGUCCCGCUUCGGCGCGGCCAGGUGUGACGCUCGGAGCUGUCACUCACUCAGACAGAGAGAGCCGAGGCAGGUGCGGCGAGUCCCCGAGGAGAAGCUCAGGUCCCACCUGCGCCCAGCGACCACAACCCGUUUGAAAACAAUGAGAGGAAGGUUCAAAAGAGCAAACUGGAGCGAUGGGACGGCGGACGUCGCCGCCGGGUCCUGCCCUCUCCCCGGGGAAACCGCGGCGGCCCCGGGCGAGCCCGACACGCCUCCGCCCGUGUUCACCGUCCGGGAGGCUCGCGGGAGCAAGAAAGAUGGAAGACGUUCCAUCUACGGUGGUGACAAGGUCUACCUGGGAGUACGUGUCAAAAUGCCAGUAAGGGAUCUGCUGAGAAACAAGCGUCUAGCCCAAGGCCUGGAACCUCAAGAUUUCCGGGACAAAUGCGGCAAAACAGACAAAGGUGUGAAGAAACGAGUCAAAACCCGUGCAGGAUGCCAGACCACCAAGAGAAAACUUCCCACAAAAAGCCUGGAGGAGCUGGCAAUCAUCGUAGAGGUGCUGGAGGAGGACCUUCGGACCAGCAACACAUACCGCUCCCGCUUCUCUGAUGUUCCAGUGUCCCCUGGGCAGUCUCCUACUGGGUACAACAGUGAAGAUUCUGAUGAAAUGAUCCCCAGCCCCCGGUCCUACAUGACCUACUCAUUGGGAAUGGGGGAGUACUACCACCAGGCCCCGUCUCCUCCUGGCUUCACGCACACCAGCAUUACAGGUGUGGAAAGAGAUGGUGGAGCAGGCGAAGAGUGGUUCGAUCCCCAGAGCCACAACUGGAACCUUAACUGCUCUGAGUUCUUCUGGACCCAGCUGCAGAAAGAGGAGAGCCAGCUGAGGGCCAUCUCUGACGCAGCACUGCUGGCCACUGAUGAACACUGCAGAACAGCCCUCCAUAAAGUGGCCUGUGUGGGAAAGAGGUCACUGGGCUAUGCCAUCGCUAAAAGGAUGGCCGCACUCAACAGCCUGGACCUGAAAGACUCUGAUGGAAUGACUGCCCUCCUGCAUGCGGCGAAUCACAACCACCACCUCAUAGUGGCAGAUCUGAUCUGUUUGGGGGCCAGCGUCAAUGAGACAAACCACUCAGGGAAGUCCUGCCUCCACCUCAGCGCUGAGAAAGGCUACGUUCGAGUCCUGGAGGUUCUAAAGCACACAAUGAUGGAUGGUGUGUAUGUUAACGUUGAAGCCACUGACAACUGCGGUAUGAGCGUCCUCCAGUGUGCUUCAGUGGCUCUGAAGGCCACAGUAUGUGAGCUGGAAAGCAGUAGAUCCCCUAGUCACACCAGACUCCACACGCUCCGCCAAGAGCAAAUGAUGGAGACCCUGGAGUGUCUGCUGCACAUGGGCAGCUACCUUCACACCAUGGGAAGCUGGAGCAUGCAACCUAGAAUUGGUUGAACUGGCAGGAACGCCCGCCCGACAGGGCACUUUGGACACCCCGACAGUAAUGUUCUGAGUUGGUUCAGGCUUGAAGUUGUUCCGGAGAGACCGCAAUUAGCGGGUUCUUCUCCCUCUGUGAAUGAGUUCAGGCCUGUCAUGUAAAGCAUCUGAUGUUUUGUGUGUGGUAAAAAAAUGCCUGACUUGCGAUCAGGUAUUUAUUGUAACAUGCACAGAAUUGUCAGGUGCCCAUUAGCUGGUUUCUAUGAAACUUCCAUUGUUUGUUACAUUCGAGUAACAAAUUGUCCUCAGUCAGUGUGUCUGUGGAGAUCCAGAUGUAAAAUCCUACGAGAGUAUUUUAGAAAUAUGACUUAAAUUAAAAUUAGAUACUGUGGGCUUUUUUCCAUGCUGGUUUCAAGGGUCCAGUCGUGUUUUAAAGCCUUAAAUACAAUAUUUACUAGAAGGGAGGGAAAGGGAUGGAAGGGAUUUAUAUUAGUUUGUAUGCCAUCGAUUGUUGCUGUAUAUAAUCCUGGAAUCCUUUGAUUCCAGAGACAAAUGGCGAGUUCACACUACACGAUUUUGAGGGCAAUUUUCCGCUCGUCGUCAAAUCCUGGAGCUGCAGCAAAUUGGAGUGAAAUCAGGGAAUCGCAAAAAAUCGGCACGCGAUCAAUAUGUGCGAACUAGCUACGACACGAUCAAAGUGACCCGCCGAGGCCUUGCCGACGUCUGCCAGAGACUAGCAGGCUAAAUAUCUGAAUGAGUCGGUGAGCCCAUCUCUCUUUUUUUGGGACGUUCACCGUGAAAGUGACAAACAAUUCCUGUUUCACGCGCUUAUCGCCUAUUUUACCGUGUCACUUCUCGCGUGUGUUUUCGUGACAAAACGUACCUUGGAGACAUUUCUCCUGGUGAAGGAUCAUGUAGUGCGAUGAGUCAUGUAGUGUGAACAGCAGAAGGACUGAAAGCCUGCGAUUACAAGACAGCACGUCAUGUAGUAUGAACGGUACAGCGAUCUUACGACUUUGAAAAUCGUGUAGUGUGCUCGAGGCAUACGCCGAGUCAGUAGAUAUGUGACACUGUCCCUCCCUCAUGAUGCUUGAGAGCCAUAGAAUUUACACAUUGGAUCUUUUAAAAGACUUUUGUACUAGAGGACAUGACAAAUUUUUCGUAAGUAUUGUAAGGUGAUGGGAAGUGAAUAUAUUUUCAUUUGAUGGCCUUCACAUGCUGUUUUUAACCCUGUUCGUCUGCAGGGAGUUUUGUUUAUGCGUUGCCUAUUAGCAUGCGCUCACGGAGCACUUUCUUGGGAACACCCACUUAUUCAUGCAAAAAUCCAAUCUGCCAAUCGUCAAUCAUUGCACGACACGAUUAUUGGUGUCAGUCAGGAGAACAGAAAUCUGUGUCAACAGUCCUUGUGAGGAAUCUGUAAUCCACACAUCCUUAUACCAAUCAAUCAUGGUUUGAAUUAUUCUUGCUGACCGCGUUCAUCCCUUUAUGGCCGAAGUUUACCAACUUGUAACGGCUACUUCCAGCAGGAUAGUGCUCCAUGUCACAAAACUAGAGUCGCAAACUGGUUUCAUAUAAGUGACAGUGAGUUCAGUGAACUUCAGUCACCAGAUGUGAGUCCAGCACAUCAUCUUUGGGAUGUGGUUGAUGAGAUGAUGUGAUGCGGUCAUGUCGACAUGGAGCAGAAUCUCACAGGAAAUGUUCCAACAUCUUGAGUGUAUAGAAUCGUUUGACUACAAAUACAAAUUGUAAUGUGUACAAUUAGUUGUGUUAUUGUGUUUAGAGGAAUACCUGGGCAUUUUGGUAAAUACAGUUUUUGUGUACUUUGCUGCUGAGGAGAUCAUCAGCUAAAUCUCUUUGUGUUCAAAAUGUGUUUAGCUUAGCCAGAUUAGCUCAAAGACUGGGAGCUGGGGGAGGAAGAGCUAGCCUUGCAAAAAUCAAAGAUGCCUUCCGACCAAAAACUGUCACAAUUCAUCAUCUGUAUUUAAUGCGUGAUGAAGUGAACAACAAAAAGCAAUUAGUUUGCACUGUAGUUAUUGACCAGCACGCUAGUUGUGGCAUCCUCACUGUGCGGUCACUUCCUCUCUUUGUCUCCAAGGCUGUAAUGAGAAUAAGCUGGUUAACAAGAUGACAACGUGUAAACAAGAUGAUUAUUCCCAUCACCCUGCAUUCAGUCUUUGUGCUAAGCUCGGUCAAAAACAUCCAGAAUCUCUGAAUCCGAUGAGAAUCUGAUAUGACCUUUUCAGCGCAAACAUAUUUUUAUGCUUAUGGUCAGUGCAUUCCUGUAUAACCAGUGUCAGGACACUGAUGAGCUGGAACAUCUACACUAAGUUCGCUAUGAAACCAAAAUGUUCACAGACUGUCUAAUGUUUCACAGAUCUUGAUGUGCUAUCGCCGCGAGAUAAUCAGCGUUGUCUGCGAGUGGUAGUAACGUUUCAGCUCAUCUGUUUAUAUGAUUAUUGAAGCUUUUUAGCAGGUGUUCCUGGGAACUGUGACACGUGAUCUGUUAAAGCCAUAUGCAGUCACUAAUUUACUUGAAAAUGUAUUCUGCUAAAGUUUGUUUGAGAAUUCAUGUUAUUUUUUCACAAGUGUAACGUGUGAAAUACUAAAGGAGCUUGUUUUCCAACAGUUGAUUAGCCAACACUGGACCACUUUUAUUUUGUUAUUAUUAUUAUCACAAUUAUUAUUUUUAUGGGUGAAAUUAUACUGAAGGCAAAUGUGCAGGUAUGAUGUUUAGGGAGUUAUAAUUGUAAUACACGGAACUGGAGCAAUUUUUUUUUACGGUUACUUGUUUGACCAUAGCUAAUAUAAAAUGUACUCAUUUAUUGUUCAUAGAGUUGGUCUGUAGGACAUGAUGUUAUUCAUUUGCCAAUGAAUGUUCAAGAGGAGUCAAAGUUUUGUAUCAUCAUACUUUAGUAAUAUUUGUUGUUUGUUUCACUGUUCUUGGGAAACUUCACUGACGCAAUUUUUGUGUUAGUGAGCAUUGGUUUAUUGUACAAUAUAUAUUUUUGUACUCA